UGUUUCAUUUCUUUGCGAGAUGCGUUCACGUUUGCAGCUGCAGCUGAAACGCUGCGACGCUUGGACAAGAAAUUGGCUAUUGGCUAUUGGCCGACUUUUGCAUUUGAUUAUUUGUGCUGUAAGCUGCCGGCUACGAGAUGUGGCCGCACAGGCGGGCGCUGAGACCAGUUUGUUGGCCAUACGAUUGACAGUGAAUCGGAGGCUGCAUAUGGCUGAACGACUUCUGUGGCUUUUUGUCCUAGUGGGCAGCGUCUUUGCUGUUUACAUGCUCAGCGAGUUGCAGAUAGCUAGAUACAUCAAUUCACCCACGGUGAUCUCGGUGGAUCGCGAUUACCGUGGCUGGAAUGGUACGCUACCUGCUGUUACCUUGUGCUACUAUGAUCACAUUGAUUCCUUCAAGGCCAAUGAGCUGAUACAGGAUGUUUGGAAUGUGUCCAUUAUUGAUGAGGAUUACUUUUAUAUUAUGGACUUCUUGUAUGCCGUGGUUAAUGCCACGGCUACCAACUAUGCUGAGCUAGCAAAAUUUGCCAGCGAUGAACGUUUCGAUCAAGUGGAUCUCUAUCAGAUUAUACAUACCAUAAAUCGACCCUUUGAACAGGUCAUUAGCAGCUUUGAUGCUGACUUUCAAGUGAAUGUGGAGAUGGUAAUGACUGAACGCGGCUCCUGCUAUGCCAUCAAUGCACCCAUGUCCACAAUGUUAAGCAAGAAAGAUGCGGAUUAUGAACAAAUACCACAGCCGCUGACCUGCCAAUUUGGCAAGCAGCAAUGCUUUAUACGCAUGGAUCUAUACGAGAGCACCGGCGUGUUGGAUGUUCACUCGCCCUAUGAAGUUUCCGCGUCGGAAGCCAACAUUAUUGCACUUCACAAGUCCGAUGAAAUAACAGCUUCCUUUAAGGUGUUAGAGACAGUUGCUUCGAAUAAUCUGCGAGAACUAAGCGUAGAGCAGCGUAAGUGCGUCUUCAAUGAUGAGGAAACUUCUAAUCUCAAGGUAUACAGCAAAUCCUUAUGCCUGGCGCGCUGUCGUGCUAUCAUGGCAUUGGAAAUGUGCAACUGUGUGCCUUUCUUCUAUCCCUUUGUCGAAGGAGCCUCUUGUAAUCCAGGUGGAUUUGAAUGUCUUUUAGAUUUUAAGUGGCCCAUUUGGGCGUUGCACAUUUGUAAAUGUCCUUCGACUUGCACGGAAAUCGAGUAUACCAUGCAGACGGUCAAGAAGAGCUCUUGGGGCAUAAAGGGCAAUGACGAAUCAGGAGUCAUAGACAUGGCAACAUCUAGCUUUCGCUGGGAUUUAAUACCACCCAAGGUUCGCUUUCGACGCGAUGUAGUGUUUAGCUUUGAGGAUCUAAUUGUAUCGUUUGGUGGUGCUUUGGCCUUGUUUGUGGGUGUAAGUGUCAUGGGUUUGGUGCAAAUGGGCUACGUUAUAAUCUUUAAUAUUUUGCUGGACAUAAUUAAGCUUCUGCGCUUUAUUCACGCAUUUUACUUACGAGCAGGCUGCCGUCGCCGAGCCACUAAGCCUUUAAGUCCCGAUCACAGCAAGAAGAAUAUCUCAAGAGCUGAAACAGCAGAGUUACCUUUGUUUGAAUAUGUAAACUAA